AAGAGGGAGCAACAGGCACACAUUGAGCGACAGACAGCGGGGAAAGAAGAGAAGGACAGACAAAGAGAAUAAAUGUAUGGACAGACGGAGAGUGGAGGAUUUUCAGAGCCAGUGAGCCUGACAAGAAAAGUGGACAACCACUGUGCCCCUGAAAAGAGUGAGUGAAGGAGGGAGGGAGGAGGGCUGUGCAGACAGAAGUUGAGCGAGAGGUGAGAUGGAGGGAUCUGCAAAAGUUGAGGGACCAAAAUAGCUCAUGGACCGUGAACAGUUUUGUAACAGUCGUGUGAGAAUUGUGGAGACAAUGAAGCAUGUACUGUACCUGCAGUACAGAGUAGUGUAGGUUUUGGUUUGGCCACAUACAGUUCUAGAACAUGGAGCUACAAUUCUGUGAAAGAGGUGAACGAUUUUGAACUUUGAAGUUUUGGGAGGCAAGUACUGACGAAUGAGAAGGAUGAGAGAAAGACAGAUAGACUGAAAGAGAAAAAUUAAGAAGUGGUAGAAGUGAGACAAAAACAGAAACCAAGAGAGGGGGCCAAAGGGUAAGAGAGAGAGAGACACACACUCACACACACACACACUGUACAGCGUGACGAACGAACAGAUGAGAGUGGAGUAGCGAGUGGAACAGAGGAAAGAGAGAGGGAUCAAGAGAGAGAGAAAGAGGGAGGGAGAAAGAGAGUGACAGACAGGGAGUAAGAGAGAAAAAGACGGGGCACUGUAAACUACAGGAAGCCACCGUGUCAAACAAACAGGGGACUAGAAGACCUCCAGUCCAGAACCAGCCACCAGCCUCCAGUCUCCAUUGACUUCAGGGAGUCGCAACGCCUGCUGGACAGCAUGUCGGCGAGCCCUGGGCCUCGUGACUCAGACCUACUGCUGUUGGAACUCCAGGCCCCAGGGCCGGUGGGACUGCAAACACUGUUGGACCUGCUAGUGGGGGUGUACCAAGAGUUCCGCUUCUCACCCCUUGCCAGGGAGAAGUACGUUGCGGGCUUCCUGCAGUGGGUGGAGCCCCUGGUGAGGCAGGUGAAGAAGACGCGCAUCAAGAGGGAUGACUUCCACAUCUUGAAGGUGAUUGGUCGAGGAACCUUCAGUGAGGUGGCUGUGGCGAGGAUGCAUAGCACACAGCAAGUGUACGCCCUGAAGAUUAUGAAUAAGUGGGACAUGCUGAAGCGAGGAGAGACAGCUUGUUACCAAGAGGAGAGAGAGGUACUACUGAAGGGCGAUCGACGCUGGAUCACUGAGCUGCACUACGCCUUCCAGGACGACAAUUACCUGUACCUGGUGAUGGACUACUACGUGGGUGGUGACCUGUUGACCCUGCUCAGUAAGUUUGGCGACCGUAUCCCUGAGGACAUGGCGCAGUUCUACCUGGCUGAGAUGGUCAUGGCCAUUGACUCCAUCCACAGGAUGGGCUAUGUGCACAGGGACAUCAAACCUGACAACAUCCUGCUGACGGCAGAGGGCCACAUCAGGCUGGGGGACUUCGGUUCCUGUCUGAGGGUCCAGGAGGAUGGCAUGGUGCACUCGUCCUUGGCAGUAGGCACACCCGACUACCUGUCCCCAGAGAUCCUGCGUGCGGUGGAGGGAGGGGGAGGCUAUGGCCCUGAGUGUGACUGGUGGGCCCUGGGGGUCUGUGCAUACGAGAUGCUGCAGGGGACCACGCCCUUUUACGCAGAGUCCAUCUCGGAGACCUAUGUCAAGAUCAUGAACUUCCAGGAGCACUUUGAGUUCCCACAGUCUGGCCCCGAGGUUUCAAACAUGGCCCGUUCCCUCAUCAUGGGGCUGAUCUGUGAGAGGGAGGAUCGUAUGGGGGCUGGGGGCUCUGGGGACUUCAGGGGCCACCCUUUCUUCUGUGGACUAGAGUGGGGCUCCCUGCAUGAACUUCCAGCACCCUUCCAACCUGAAGUCUCCAACGCCACUGACACCUCCAACUUUGAUGUGUUGGACGACUGCCUCAGUGAAAUGGAAACACUGAGUGACGUGAUGGACAGGGCUCCUAUCGGUGUUCACCUGGCUUUCGUUGGCUACUCCUACACAGCUACAAGACAGACAGGUGCCUUGGACCGCAGUUGUGACAUCAUGAUGGAGAUUGACCACCAGCGGCAUCAAGGGUUGCCAAGCCUCAAUUUCCAGGACAAGCUGAGUCAGAUGUGGCAGCUCAGAGACGCUCUGACAUCAAGUGACAGCCUGCCUGCCCUUCUUGAGCUCCCCCUAGCCUUGGAGCAGGGUACUGCAGAGUCCACUCACACCACGAUAGAGGAGGACGAGGAGGACCUGCACAGACGGCUACAUGAGGCAGAGAAGAGGAAUGGAGAUCUGGAGAAAGAGAUGGAGAGUCUAAGGGUGGAGAUCGGGGGCCUGAAGUCCUCCAAGGAGACAGAACUGCGUGUCUGCCCGUCGUCUCUUUCUCUGCCUGCCCACUGUCUGGACAAUACGAGUGCGGCAUGCUGUGCUAUGCUGUGCUGUGACUCGCACACAAAAAACGUCUGCAUCCAUACCGCGGCCUUCAAUCCUGUUCGGUGGCUGACUGUGAGUGUGUUUCAGGGAAGAAGAUCAGCCCCUGCCUGUCACUACCCGCUGGUGAUCCCUCUCCACCGCCACCUGCUGCUCUUCCACAGGGUGCGCUGGCCACAGGAGAGGACUGAGUCCUACCUGUUAGUGUGUGCGGAGGGGGGAGAGCCCCAAGCCUGGGACAGACACUGCUGUGCUGAAAUCUCCUGAACCCCCCCACCCCACCCUCACUAUAGUGGGGAAUGACAGACUUCUCUAUUCCACCGAGGAGUCCUAUUACAGUAUCUUGGAAUGAGAGAGUUUUGAGUAUGGUGGGUGGGUGGGUGCUAAAGACAAUGUUACUCAUGGCACUGAGCAGAGUGCUGGGGCAUAAAUAAACUGAGAGCAAUGGGGACAGCAGAACUGGAAACUUGCAGGAAGUUGGACAGACAUGGGAAAGCUAAUGACUGUCACUAGAAGGAAUGAGGAGAUGUAAAUAAUCAAAUGAAGGACAUCUCCUAAACUACCAAUGGGACAGAGGUAAAAGUGAACACUGAAAACAAAGAAGACACCAUAGAAAAAAGACAUUGCUGGUUUGAGUGACAGCCAGGGGGGCCAAUCAGCAUCCUCCAUAAGCCAACACUCUCCAGCCCACCUGGACAUUGAUGCAUUUUGCCCAAUAUUAGUGGCAUGACUUAUUAACAGCACCAUCUAAUGGUUAUUUACUGUUUGAGUUCUCCAUUGUACUUUGUAUCUAUGCUUCUAAGAGUGGAUUGUGUUGAGUCGUCUGAGAGAUAGUGUUGAGUCGUCUGAGAGAUAGUGUUGAGUCGUCUGAGAGAUAGUGUUGAGUCGUCUGAGAGAUAGUGUUGAGUCGUCUGAGAGAUAGUGUUGAGUCUUCUGAGAGAUAGUGUUGAGUCGUCUGAGAGAUAGUGUUGAGUCGUCUGAGAGAUAGUGUUGAGUCGUCUGAGAGAUAGUGUUGAGUCGUCUGAGAGAUAGUGUUGAGUCGUCUGAGAGAUAGUGUUGAGUCGUCUGAGAGAUAGUGUUGAGUCGUCUGAGAGAUAGUGUUGAGUCGUCUGAGAGAUAGUGUUGAGUCUUCUGAGAGAUAGUGUUGAGUCUUCUGAGAGAUAGUGUUGAGUCGUCUGAGAGAUAGUGUUGAGUCGUCUGAGAGAUAGACUAGAGGCUCUGAUUUAAAGGCAUUUUAGAUAAGCCUGUUUGGAGUACAUAAAUCACAGCUACAGUACAAUAUUGAGCGAGCGCUGACUGAAGGUUAAGGAUAGAGUAACCUUGUCCCCAGGCUAUUGGGAACAGCGCAUAUAAGCCUGGGAUAUCAACGAGACUUAAACAUCACAAGACUUCCCGGGAAUGCUUGCGAAAUAGACCAAACAGACCAGACCGAGGGUUGGUGUUUGAGAAGAAAAUGAUUCCUGAGUUGUUCAUUUUCUCAAAAUCUAAAGGCACAACCUAGAUUCGAGCGAAUCUAGGUUGUAAAGUUAGAAUUAGGUCUGGUCCAGGGUGUUACAUGCAGCUUGCUGACAGUGAGCCUUCCUACAAACAGGAAGGCUAAGCGCCACAAUGACCUUGACCAGAGAUAGGUUACACUAUAGAUGAUGUGUACUAAGGAUAUAUGUUGGAGAGCUAUGGGACAUAAGUCCAGUACAGCCAAGUAACCAACAUAAGGCUAUUGGUUUGAAUCCCAAACUAUGUGUCCUGUUGCUAGCUAUUAUGCUGUCAACAUGCUUUUGUAUAUACUCCUUGCUGUUUGGUAAGACAUUUUAAAUCAUAUAGGCCUAAAAUGUUCCUUUGGACAUUGAGGCAUGUAAGAGAAUUAUACUGGAUUUUGAGAGAAACCGUAUAGAGUACCACAGUAUGAGUCAUAAUACCCACAAAACCUAGCGGUCAAAUAGGGAAAUGGUUCCAAUCGUUUUUUCCACCAUUCAUCUUUCACGUGGGGGAUGUUAGAAACACUUAUAAUAAGGGCUGUGUUUUGUGCAGGCUUACCCUGGUGUGAUGUUGUGAUAGAUGCGUAAAUCUCUCUAGGACAAAGUGACUUAAAUCAAUAUAUUUACCUGUUUGACCUCUAGGGCUAUGGGUAUUAUGACACCUUCAUCGUGGGGCUGUAUACUACAAUAUAUGCACUGUGUACUGUAGGUUGCAAGGCCUUUUGUAUUUGAGCAAUACUUGAGAUGUGCAUGAGGAAGAGCACAGUUGUCACUCACUGGGUACUAUAAAAUGUCAUACAUUUGUGACUUCAUUUUGUUUAAAAGAGGUGGCAUUAUACACGGAGUAUACAAAAGAUUAAGAACACCUGCACUUUCCAUGACAUAGACUGACCAGGUGAAUCCAGGUGAAGGCUAUGAUCCUUUACUGAUGUAACUUGUUAAAUCCACUUCAAUCUGUGUAGAUGAAGGGGAGGAGACAGGUUAAAGAAGGAUUUUUAAACCUUGAGACAAUUGACACAUAGAUUGUGUAUGUGUGCCACUCGGAGGGUGAAUGGGCAAGACAAAGCAUUUAAGUGCUUUUGAACUGGGUAUGGUGGUAGGUGCCAAGCGUACCGAUUUAUGUCAAGAACUGAAAUGCUGCUUGGUUUUUCACGCUCAACAGUUUGCUGUGUGUUUCAAGAAUGGUCCACCACCCAAAGGACAUCCAGCAAACUUGACACAACUGUGGGAAGUAUUGGACUCAACAUGGGCCAGCAUCCCUCUGGACCGCUUUCGACACUUUGAAGAGUCCAUGCCGCGACGGAUUGCGGCUCUUCUGAGGGCAAAAGGGAGGGGGCGGGGUGCAACUCAGUAUUAGGAAGGUGUUCCUAAUGUUUGGUAUACUCAGUUUAUAUAUAUAUAUUGUAUUACUGAGAUGCCUUAACGUUUAAUUGCACAUAUUUAAUAAUAUUUUGGAAACCAUAGGAAUUAUACUAAUAAA